UUGGUGGUUUCAAGUUUUUGUCAAUGCUUUGCAUUUUAUGAAUACAUACUACUAAUAUUAUACAUACAGUGGAUGGUAUACAUGAUAAAUGAACAAAUUCUGGAAAAAGGGUCAAAUGUAUGUACAUUAAGGGACACGCAUUUGGAAGUUGUUGAAUGUUUAAAAGAUAUAAAUAGAUCAAUAUACGGUAUAUCGGCCGUAGUAAGCUUUAUUGUGUCAAACAUCUGUCAAAUCAUAUUAACACUUUAUUAUCAUGUAAUAUUUUCGAGAAACAUUUACAUCGAAGGUGAGUUUUUAUAUGCCAUCAUAUCAAUAUUGACAAGGCUUAUCAAUAUUAUGGUAUUAUAUGGGAUUGGUCAUGCCACAGAAAAAGAGAUAAAUCGCAUGAGUCUUGUCUUACAUCAACGGUCCAUUAUAGAAAACAAUCCUCGAAUAAAACGCCAGAUAAAAUUUUUUAUACUACGAAGAUUGCACGAACACUAUCACUUUGAGCUAUAUGGAAUAUGUCAGAUUAAUCCAAGACAACUACUAAUUUUAUCAAACAAAGCCUUAGCUUACUUAUUGAUUCAAACUCUGUUCAAAUUAAAUAAAAAAUAA